AUGGCCUCGGCACUGGGCAGAGCAGCUCGCAUCCCGCCGGCCACGCCCCUCCCCCAGUUCCCACCCUCGCCGGGGGCGCUGCCCCCUCCCACACACUCCCUGACUUUCCUCUUGAGCUGCCCGCACUCAGCGCUCAGCGAGAACAGCCGCUCCACGCUCCAGUUCUCGCCACGAAGGCAGAUUCUUCCCCUGACCUCUGGGCAGGACGAGCGAGGCGGCCGCAGGCAGAGCGGCCGGGACGGGGCGGAGGAGGACCGAAGAGUCCGCUGGGAGCCGCAGGCCGAGGUGUGCGGGGGCGCGCACCCGGGGGUCCGCGCCCCGCUACCUCCGCGCGCAGCCCCUGGCGGCCCUCCACCACCGGCCGCCGCCCGCUGCGUGACUCGCGCGCUCCGGGCUGAGUACCGGCUGUCCCUGGCCCGGCCUCAGCCAGACGCGUGGGAGAGAGAGCAAGGACUGGGAAGCGCCGGCGGGAAAGGAGUUGGCUGGAGGAGAAGAGGAGGAGGCCGAGGACGAGGAGGAUGGAGUCAUCUAGUUACGGAGCGCGCUCGAUCAUCAGGCCAGGAGAAGCCCGGGACCGAGAGCGCGCGACGGGAAGACCCCCGCCGAGCGGCCCGGCCUCGGGGCGCCUGCCCCGCCCUUUGGUUCGAACGGAGAAGCGGAGAGGACAAGAGCCGCCCGCUGGGGCCGGGACCCCCGCCCCUCCUUCCUCGGGGAAACCCACGGAACCCCCGAAGACCCGGACACCGCCGUCCGGGACACCUGCUGCCGCGGCCGAGCUAG